AUGGGCGAGUCAAGCAGGCGAUUGAUUCCCGCAUCCGAGGUGCAGAGACACAACCAUGUCGAUGACGUCUGGAUUGUCGUAGAUGGCCAGGUUUACGAUAUGACCAGGUUCGCACCGACGCAUCCAGGAGGAUCACAGAUCAUAUACGCUUACGCUGGCCGAGAUGCCUCCCAGGCAUACAGAGAGGUUCAUGAGCCAAAUCUGAUCACGGCUACACUGUUGCCACAGGAGCAUCGAGGCUAUCUCGACCCGUCUACCGAGCUCGGUGCUGGUUCUGCUAACAAGACGGUGCAAGUGCCUCAGAGCCGGGAGCAAAAGCCACCCUUGGACGCGCUGAUCAACUUGAAUGACUUCGAAGACGCCGCCCGGCAGUCCAUCUCAAGGAAAAGCUGGGCCUUCAUCUCAGGAGCAUCCAACGACAACAUCACCCGCGACGCCAACAAGGCCCUGCUUGAAAAGAUUUGGUUCCGACCUCGGAUCCUGAGAAAUGUGGCCACGGUAUCUACCAGGGGCAGCAUGCUUGGAUGUAAUGUGCCCCUUCCGGUCUUCAUCUCCCCCGCCGGGCUGAGUAAGACUGGAGGGCCGGAAGGCGAGAUUGCCCUGAGCCGUGGAGCAGCAGAGACCGGCAUCAUACAAAUCAUAUCUACCAACGCGUCUUUCCCCUUGAGUGAGAUUCUCAAAGCAGCGCCGGAGGACCAUCCUUUCUUCUUCCAACUGUAUAUCAAUAAAGACAGGAGCAAAACGGAGGAACUGCUACGGCUUGUGAAUAGCAAACAGCAAGUCCGAGCGCUGUUUGUCACGGUCGAUCUUCCGGUCGUCUCCAAACGCGAGGCCGAUGAACGCGUCAAGCUCGAACACUUCCAAGCCAGCGGUCUCAGUGGUUCUACAUCCAGCGACAGCAAAGGAUCUGGUCUCGCUCGACGUGUGGGGUCUUCGAUCGACCCCAGCUUUUGUUGGGAUGACCUCGCCUGGCUGCGGCGACAGACCGAUCUCCCAAUUGUUUUGAAAGGGAUACAGUCAGCCGCAGACGCCAGGAUUGCCAUGCACAUGGGUUGUCAAGGACUGAUGGUCAGCAACCAUGGAGGCCGGGCGCUUGAUGGGGCUCCAGCGGCGAUUCUCGUUCUUCUAGAAUUGCACAAGGAGUGCCCGGAAGUAUUCGACCAUAUGGAGAUUUUCAUGGACGGUGGCAUCCGGAGAGGCUCGGACAUCCUGAAGGCCAUCUGCUUGGGUGCAAGCGGCGUUGGUCUUGGACGGCCGUUCCUGUAUGCACUCAACUAUGGCAAAGAGGGCGUGGUACACCUUGUGGACAUCCUCAAAGAGGAAGUGGUGACAGCCAUGCAACUCACUGGGCUCAAGAGCCUGGACGAGGCCGACCCAGCCAUGGUCAACACGGCAGAAGUUGAUCCUCUGGUGUCACAUGGCUCCCGCCACCCAUAUGCACGCAGACGGCCCAAAGUCCGACAAGCCUUUCACUUGUGA